AUGAGCCGUAAUGAUGACAUGGAUUUAAAUGGUUUCCAGGAAGUAGCCCUGUAUCCCGUGUUCACGAUCGAGGAGACCCUGCGCUACUUCGGCCGCAUCCACGGCAUGACCAAGAAGGAGAUCAAGGAUCGAACGGAGUUCCUCAUCGAGUUCCUCGGGCUUCCUCCUGGGAACCGGCGGGUCGAUAGCCUCAGUUCGUGUUCGCGCUCUAACUUCACCUUGCGUGUUCUUCCUCUGAUUCCCAUUAGCGGAGGGCAACAGCGUAGGGUUUCGCUCUCGGCGGCCUUGCUCCAGAACCCCAAACUCUUGAUUCUCGACGAACCCACCGUGGGCGUGGAUCCUUUGCUGCGACACAACAUCUGGUGCCACCUGGUGCGUCUGGCGAAGGAGAACGGAACGACUGUGAUAAUCACGACACAUUACAUCGAGGAGGCGAGGCAGGCCCAAAAAGUCGGGCUGAUGAGGAACGGCUACCUGCUGGCCGAGGCGCACCCGGAGGCCCUCCUGGCGGCCCACAAUAUGAGCACCCUGGAGGAGGUCUUCCUCAAGCUGUGUCAAUCGGUGAAGGGACUCCGGCAGCCGUUGACGAGCGAGACCAAGAUGUUCCCGUUACCUGUGAACAAUCAUUCCAACAUCGUGUUCAAUGCACCGUCGCGCGAGAGGACGCUGCCCCCGGGCUCGUUGACAAAGUACCACGGCGUGUCGACGCGGGAGUUCCGGCUCAUGAGUGUGUGGACGACGGAGGAGAGUAAGCUGGGGAAGCCGAAGGGUGGCGCCUACACCCUGGAGAGGGAGGCCACGGAGACCCGGAAGGGCAAGACCAAGUCUCGGUCCUUCAGCGGGCUCGAGAAUCCCAACUUCAUCCCUGUCGAGGAACCACACGCGAACGGGGACAUGACGUUCCACCAGAAGCACAAGCGGGGACGGCGCCGAAACUACUUCGUCCCGUCGUCUGCCUCCUUGCGGGCUCUCCUAGUCAAGAACAUCAUCUCCAUGGUCCGGAACAUGGGAGCCUUGCUGUUCCAGAUGGUCCUGCCGCCCCUGCAGGUGAUCCUCUUCUGCCUGACGAUCGGCUCCGACCCGAAGAACCUCCACGUGUCUGUCGUGAACAACGAGAGCCCCUUCGGGAACUGCUCCUUUGGGGAGUUCUCCUGCGACUUCUUGCACACCAUGGACCCGAACAUCGUCAUUCAGGGAAACCUCAAAAGGUAG